AUGGCCACCUCCACCUCGACAGAGACCAAGUCAGCCUCCUGGUGGAAUUAUUUUUUCCUUUAUGAUGGUUCCAAGGUGAAGGGAGAAGGAGAUCCAACCAGAGCUGGCAUCUGUUACUUUUUUCCCCCUCAGACCCUGCUUGACCAACAGGAGCUGCUCUGUGGACAGAUCGCCGGGGUUGCCCACUGCAUUUCUGACACUGCCGGCUCUCCUCCCACCAUCGUCCGUCUGCGGAAACUUAAGUUCGCCGUAAAGGUUGACGGCGAUUACCUUUGGGUGCUGGGCUGUGCUGUUGAGCUCCCUGAUGUCAGCUGCAAGCAGCUUCUGGAUCAGCUCAUCGGCUUCUUUAAUUUUUACAAUGGGCCUGUUUCUCUGGCCUACAAGAGCUGCUCUCGGGAAGAACUGAGCAGGGAGUGGGACACCUUCAUUGACCAGAUCCUGAGAAACACCGGUGACCUGCAUAAGAUAUUCAACUCCCUCUGGAACCUGGACCGAACGAAAGUGGAGCCCCUGCUGUUGCUGAAGGCGGCCCUCAUUCUGCAGACCUGCCAGCGCUCGCCCCAUGUUCUAGCCGGCUGCAUCCUCUAUAAGGGGCUGAUCGUUAGCACCCAGCUCCCACCCUCUGUCACAGCCAAGGUCCUGCUUCAUCGAGCUGCACGUCGGGACCAGAGAAAACCUCUAGGAGGGGAUGCCCUGCAGGAACAUGGAGCAGCACUCCCUCCAAACGUCCAGAUUGUGCCUGUUUUCCUGACCGAAGAGGAAGCCGUCAGUCUCCGUGAGUUCCCCCGGGAGCCCAUGACCAGCACUCUGGCAUCUCCAGCCAGACUCCCGGAGCCCCCAGCCCAGCGCCCUCCGAAGGGUAUGAACACAUCUGCCCCGAAAGAAAACGCCCCCAGACACGCGGAAUCCACGGCUCGGAUCUCAGUGACCACCCCUGAGCCCACGUCUCCUGACGUCACCUGGCCAAAUGGCAGCGGGGAGAACGGACACUGGUCUGGCUGUGAUCUGAAGAGCAUCAAGACCCCAGCACCGCACCACACCGCCAGGGGCCGGGGGCCUGGGCUCGGCCUCUCCCUGGUGAAGCAAACCAGUUUGUCCAGGGGGGAAGAGGAACUGGACUUGUCUGAAAUCCACGUUCCAGAAGCUCAGGACACGGGAGCAUCCUUGGGUUAUUCUGCCUCCGAUGGCGGGCCUCCUGGCUGCAGGGCAUCUGUCAGUGACUCUGGCAACCCCGGAAGCCAGCCACCUGAGGCCCUGCCUGUGGGCACAGCCGUGGGCGGCCCCCUCCCUCCCUCCACUGCUGAGAUGCUCACCCAGAAUGGAGCCCUAGAACAGCCCAGAGACCUUCCUGGCAACAGCAGCCAAGCCCCCGUCCCCAGGGACCACCUCCUCAGCCCGACGAGCGGGCUGUUGCCGUCGCCUUGCUUGGAUUCGAGGCAGACGGGGACUGAGCUGCCCGUGGGGGAGCAAGGCGAGGGGCAGCACGGCGAUGGGGUUCCUGAGGGCCGCUCAGCCUCCGCAGACAGAACCGGAUCCAGGGCGACGCCCGUGUCCCGCGCGCGGCUCGUGCGGAUGAACCUCUACACUCACAGCGUCAGAGGCCUGGCGCUGUUGCUGCUGGCAGAGGAGCCGCUGCUGGGAGAUGGCGCGGCCGUCGAGGACGUGUACCACGGCAGCCUGGCGUCCCUCAAUGGGCUGGAGGUGCACCUGAACGAGACGCUGCCCCGGGACCAGGCGGCCCCCGCGGCCAGAACCUAUGGCUUCGCGCACUACGACCGCGUCCAGAACGUGCUGGCGGCCAACCUGCCACAGGUGGCCACAGCCCAGGACCGCCGCUUCCUCCAGGCCGUCAGCCUGAUGCAUUCCGACUUCGCCCGGCUGCCCGCGCUGUACGAAGUGACCGUCAGGAACGCCUCCACGGCUGUGUACGCCUGCUGCAGCCCUGUCCAGGAAACCUAUUUCCAGCAGCUGGCGUCGGCGGGGCGGAGCUCCGGCUUCCCGAGUCCGCAGGACAGCGCCUUCAGCCUCCCGGGCAAAGCCAAGCAGAAGCUGCUGAAGCACGGGGUGAACUUACUUUGA